GCCCUGAUACCCAUGCAGCCAUGGAUGCAGAUCCUCCAUGUGCUGUGGGGGGAUGCACAGGGCAUGGCACCAAAUUGUGCCUUGGCAGCACCCCAUGCUGAUGCCGAUGCUGCCGCUGCCAAUGCUGCCCAGGUGCAGCAGAUGUGGUCAAAAAGCCUACUGCUCGCCGGAAUGUCAGCGCAAAGACUGGAAGGUGCACAAACUUACCUGCAAAAAGGCGGAGACGCCUGAGAACCGCAUUGGCGAUUUGCUGCGCCAGGGGAGGUUGUUCUCUGCCCAGUGUGAGCUGGAGCAGCUUCAGAAACCAAACCCCCGACUGGCUGCAGAGCUUGAAGAGAAGAUGAAGUUCGGGACGCUCUCGGAGGUGGUGGAUGAUGUCCUCCAGCUGCAGCCCAUUGAGGGCUUCGGCUUGGGCUACGUGGCCGCCAAGGAGCUGCUACCAGGACAGCCGCUGCUCUUCGACACGGCCUUUUCUUCCGCCCCAAUGGAUGGUGACAAGGAAUUUUAUUGCACCAUCGCAGAAAAGGCCAUCCGAAAGGGCCAUGGCGACAGGAGAGUCAGUGCCCGUGCUGAUGCUCAAGCGGAUUUUUACUACGAUUCCAUUCUGAAGCUGGGCACAAAGGACUCCCACGACCGGGCCACCCUGGAAGAGACCGACAUGGACCCUGAGAUGCGGGAACAGAUCCUGGUGUGCUCCAUCGCUGAAGCCAAUUCCAUGUACUGCACGGAGGACCCGAGCCUGCUGGCACUGUUUGCUGCUGGCGCCCGCUUCAACCACUCCUGCGCUCCCAACGCCACGCUGGAGAGCUCCAAGAGUACCUUGUUGGUGCGGGCUGGUUGUGCCAUCCCUAUGGGAAGCGAGGUGACCAUCAGCUACUUGCCGCAUCAAUUGUUGUUGGAGGCUGGCGCCAAGCGCCGGGAGCGGCUGCUGAAUGGGCGCGGCUUCCACUGCAGGUGCCAGCGGUGCGAAAGUGAGCAAGAUCAGUGAGAGCUGGACGUCUCCAGAGACCAACCCUGAAAAGAUUGCUCUGAUAAUCGAGGCACAACUUGUGUCCAUUUU